AUGGGCACGAUAAGUGCAAUAAUUAUCAUUUGCUGUUUGAUUAUUUGUGCUGCAUUAACUGUAGUUAUUAUUCUGGUAACUAUACCAACCGAAAUAACCCCUCAAUCGUACUAUCCCGAAUUACUGAUUAAUCGGGAAAGUACCAAUAAUGGCAUCCCUGUAACUAACUAUCUUUAUUUUCAUCCAAAUAAAAAAAUGCCACACAACUUGAAGAAGGAUGUAUUGCAAAAUUCAACAGUAAGCGCAGAUGUCGAUGCAGUUUCUGCUACUACCAUUGCUAUUACCUCAGCUACCAGUGCUAUCACAAUAACCAAAACAACCAUUUAUACUACUACUUUUCCUAGUACUGCUGAAAUAUCAGAGCUUCCGUUACAAAAUGAUAAGUUGCCUUAUCAGUCAGUUGUACCAUCAACCACAGUACCGAUAAGAACCUGGAAACCAAUUCACAAUAAUUCAUCACAAAGACGUACAACGGUGUUUUUAAGCACAAAUAUUACGAUAACACGAGAGAAAAAAGUAACAUCGAGCAGUCGACGAUUAGCGACAGAAUUGCGACAUCGUUCCAUAUCGCAAGAAUCAACUCCACGAAAUUUACGACAGAAUUUUGCGACUCUAAUGCUGCAUCAACAUAUCGAACAGUUACCACUAAAUGAUGAUAAUUUAGUGAAGAGUGGACAAGAAAAGAAACAAACGAUGCAAAUGACGCUGUUACGUGAAGUGACGUUUUCGAAUGAUGUAAAGGUGGUAGGAUUAGCGAUGCAACGUGGAGUUCUCUAUGUUGCUACAAGUGAUGGUCGAAUUACGCUGAUAAAUCCAGAAACUAAUGAACAGAUAGAAACUAUCAGUGUUGAUGGUAAAAUAAAUCGAAUGACUGUAACACAUAAUGUUGACAUUAUUGUCCUAAAUGGUACCAGUUUGAUAUCAUACCGACAUGGCCAAAAAUACCGGGAGAUAAAAUUACCAAUAGUUUGCAAAAGCUUGUCUGCUUUUAAGGAUGAGAUAGGCUUGGGACGGAUAAUAACGCUUGGACGAAGUAAUGAUGUAUUAUUUGUAUUUACGGAUGAUUUAAAACCGAUCGAAGAAAUAUAUUACAAAAAUGAUGUCAAGGAAACAUGCAAUUUUGCUAUUUUAUAUCAAAAAUAUUAUUAUAUAAGCUGUCAAAGUGCCAUUCUACAAAUUUCAGAAGAUGGUGAAAUUAAGAAAAAGAUCGGUGCUAAUAAUGGAACUUUUUCGCUUGGCAUAACAAUUGAUGAUGAAGCUCGGAUAAUUGCAAUUGUUAGAGGUCAACCACUUCUUCAAGUUUUUCAGAACGGUGAACUACAACAUAAUCUAUCGGCGGUAUCCGUUGAUGAAGUAUCGGCAAUCUGGUCGGAAGUUCUUUAUGAGAAAGGCCGAUUGCAUAUUGUGGAUUAUCUGACGAGCAAACUGAAAACUUUCCGCUAUCCGAUCAGUAGUACUGACAGUAAUGCGUAA